ACUUAGUUUGUAUUUAUGCUAACAUUUGAAUAGGUCAUCGCCGUGUCAUCUUUGUUGAUAAUUCAAAUUCAAAUAUUAAACCUAAAACAGUUCCAUUUAGUCCGUGGAAACAGUGUGUCCGAUUAAAUUUUUAAUGGCGAAUAGAGCGUUGAGAUACAUCCAUGGUGUCACCGUUCGUCGAUACAGCAGUAGUUUAAAAAUACCGCAAUGUGAUUUUAAACCCAACGUGUACAAAGGGCCCAUAUUCCAAAAGACUGACAAAGUAAAGUCCGAAAAUGUGCCGCCCAUACUAAGUAAUUUUUAUAAAAAGCCUGUUUUAAUACACCAAGGUCAUAUGCAAUGGCUGUACGACCACGAAGGAAGAAGAUAUCUUGAUCUGUUUGCGGGUAUCGUUACAGUCUCCGUGGGACAUUGCCAUCCAAAGGUCGUUGCUGCUAUGCAAGAACAAAUCAACACAUUAUGGCACACGACCAGCAUUUAUCGGAAUCCAAAAUUCUACGAGUAUGUAGAAAAAUUAAUAUCAAAAUUUCCUGGUGAUUUAAAGGUGGUGUAUCUUGUAAAUAGUGGUACAGAGGCUAACGACUUGGCGACUCUUCUCGCCAAAACCUACACGGGCAACAACGAUAUCAUCUCGCUGCAAAGCAGUUAUCAUGGAUAUUCUAGCUCUUUAGUAGGACUUACUGGGACACAAUGUUACAGACUUCCAGUGCCAACGCCUGCAGGAUAUCAUCACGCGAUGUUACCAGAUCCGUUUAGAGGAAUCUGGGGUGGAUGCAGGGAUUCUAUAUCGCAAGUGCCAGGUGCCUGUUCCUGUCCCGGAGACUGUGUUACCUCCGAUAAAUAUGUUCACCAGCUGAACGAGCUAAUAUCACAUUCGAUACCUACAGGAGGAGUUGCAGCGAUAUUUGCUGAAUCUAUACAGGGUGUAAACGGAACAGUUCAAUUCCCAAAAGGUUAUUUACGGAAAGCACAACAAUUGGUCAAAGAAAACGGUGGGCUGUAUGUUGCAGAUGAAGUUCAAACUGGAUUUGGUCGGACAGGCGAUGCAUUUUGGGGUUUCGAAACACACGGUGUAAUACCAGAUAUAGUCACUAUGGCUAAAGGUAUCGGCAAUGGGUUCCCAAUGGCCGCAGUGGUAACCACUAAAGAAAUAGCUGCAGUUCACACCAAAGGCAACUACUUUAACACUUUUGGAGGCAAUCCAUUAGCAUCGACUGCUGGUAAAGCUGUUUUAGAGGUCAUUGAAGACGAGAAACUUCAAGAAAAUUGCAAAGUAGUUGGAAAGUAUUUUAUUGAACAACUGAUGGAUUUACAAAAAACGCACCCAAUAAUUGGAGAUGUAAGAGGGAAGGGUCUGAUGUUGGGUAUAGAAUUUGUCAAACCAGGUACUAGAGAGCCAUUGAGCGCAUCAGAAGUUUCCGAUAUUCAUGAAACUACAAAAGAUCUCGGAGUAUUAAUUGGACGAGGAGGCAGAUAUGGAAAUGUACUGCGGAUAAAGCCUCCUAUGUGCAUUAAUAAACAAGAUGUCGACUUUUCUGUAUCAGUAUUGGAUCAAGCCUGUAAAAAUUUCAUGCAUAAAAAAUAAAUAUUCCCCAAGCCAUCACAUGAGUUGAUCUCGUAUCUAGUCUAUAGGUACAAACUUUGAAACUAAAUUUUAUCCUUUUAAUAAAUCUAUUGGAUUGUUAUUGUUGCAUAGU